AUGGUUAUGCUCCCAGCAUAUUUCAGUCCUCCUAUGCAAGUUCAGGCAUCGGUUCCUCAGUCUCCGGCCCCACAUUGGGAUUCAUUCUCAUCACCAUAUAUACAUGACUCAUUCAGCUCCCCAAGCAUGCCUAAAGCAACCAGUCAUUCAAUUCCAAAUCAUUCGAUGACUCCCAUCCCUGCCCAAACAGUGCGCAAAUCUGUGACACCAAAGAAGUCCUCAAAUCAGCCAUUUCAAGACCCGGAAAACAUCAAUCCAUCCAUGCCUACGAAAUCCCCCACAAAGAAGCGUAGGUGAAGAACCCCAGUGCAGAAGCUAAAAGAUAUUCUACACACAAUCAAGGCUGCAUGUUGGACUUUAGGUCAAUUCCUAUGGGUUCUUUUCUGUAUUCGAGGGGAGAAUAAUGAGAAGAUAAGCCAUUCCAAAAGUCAUGCAAAAGUGGUGUCUUGGUUUCUCUCAGGAUGGGAUAAGAAUAGCUAUACUCCUACCCUCAUUAUUCAUGACUGGUUCCAUAGUGCAGAUAGCCAUGUUGCACCUGAU